CGAGCGAGAAAGUUAACUCCUGAACUUCGUAGUCAGAAAAAUUUGUGAUUUAUAAAAUAGCAGGAAAAAACGGCGGUGUGCUGACAUGGCAUUUCGCCGCAGAAACAAGAGCUAUCCUUUCUUCAGCCAAGAGUUCUUAAUUCAGAACCAUGCCGACAUCGUCUUCAGUUUUGUGAUUUUCAUUUUGAUUGGAUUGAUGUUUGAGGCAACAGCCAAGACGGCCAUACUGUUCAUUCAGCCUCAGUACAACGUCACCACACUGUCACCAGAGGGAGAGGUGACGCUGUAUCAUUACGGAUGGAAAGACGGCGCCACCAUCCUCUUCUAUUUCUUCAUUGCCGUCAUACUCCAUGCGGUUGUGCAGGAGUAUCUCCUGGAUAAAGUCAACCGGCGACUUCACCUCUCCAAAAGCAAGAAUACCAAGUUCAAUGAGUCGGGUCAGCUGUGCGUGUUCCACUUGGUUUCGAGUGUUUGGAGUUUUUACGUUCUCAUCACAGAAGGAUAUCUCCUGCAUCCCAGCAGCCUUUGGGAGAAUUAUCCCCAUGCACACCUCAGGUUUCAAGUGAAGUUUUUCUACCUCACUCAGUUGGCUUACUGGCUCCAUGCCUUGCCAGAGCUCUACUUCCAGAAAGUACGCAAGGAAGAGAUGCCUCGCCAGUUGCAGUACAUCUGCCUCUAUCUGCUGCACAUCUCUGCAGCCUAUUUGUUAAAUUUGAGUCGUGUGGGUGUGGUUCUCCUCUUCCUCCAGUAUCUAUCAGAGCUGGGCUUCCACAUUGCCCGACUUUUCUACUUCACUGACGAGAAUCAUCAGAAAAUGUUUGACCUGUGGGCGAUUGGCUUCGUGUUCACACGGAUGGCCACUCUGACCCUAAUGUUCCUGGCUGUCGGGUUUGGUUUAGCUCGCACCGAGAACCAGGGCCUGGACUUGGAGAUGGGCAACUUCAACACUUUACUGAUUAGGAUGACCGUUCUACUGCUGGUGUGUUUGACCCAGUCUUGGCUUCUAUGGAAGUUCAUCCGCUUCCAGCUCAGGCGCUGGAGGGAAUUCAGACACGAACAGGCCGUCCGCAAGAAGGCGGCGCCCAAACAGCCCCUACGGACACUUAAGAGAGACUCGCUUGGUCACCACGAAAAUGGAGUCCUUAAAGCUGAGAACGGAGCCUCUCCUCGGACCAAAAAACUCAAAUCACCCUAAGAGGAUGCACAGACUGACCUGAACCAAGUGGCCUUAACCCAGGCUAAGGCGUGUCAACAGCCUAACGGGGGGGAAAAACAGUGGUCACUGGCCACUGGGGGCCACUGGGGGCCUCUGGUUGACAACGUCCCGAGAUGCUAAAAAAGGGACUCGGUCGCUGCAGAUUUAGGCUUGAAUGCUGGACAAAAUGAAAUCCAAAAUCAUGAGCCCGACAGACAUUUACUCUUCUCAUCAUAUCAGUAUUUUUAUACACCCCCCCCCCCCACACACACACACACACAGACACACACACACAACAAAGCCUGCUAUCCCAUUCCUACGGAACACCGUUGUAUCCCUAAAGUGAACACCGUACGCGCGGCGGUGACGAACGUGUCCGCGCUCCUCCUCACACUUUAAAGUACUGUAUUUGUUUGUAGUGUUGUCUGAUAUCACAGCGGUCUGCCGCUCUGAUGCAUUAAAGAAGAAGGAAAAAAAAAAAGACAAAUGUUACAGAUGAACAAGAGGAGCUUACUGUAUGCCCCCGCCCCUUUUUGACCCUGUCAGAGAAAGGGAUUCAGGCCAAACAAUAGUGUUCUUCUGAUGAUUUACAUCUAAAAAAAACAGAAACAAACAGAAAUCCUACGAUUGUCACUGGUCACUUAACAGAUAAUGUAUCUAUCAAGUAUGUAUGUUGGAUAUUAUACUGUAGCAUGCCAUUCCAUGUCUCUUUGUUUUUGAUUUUUCUUUCUUUUUAACUGUUUUGUUAAUUACUUUAUUAAAUAAUGCAAUUUUCUGAAAGAA